GUCAGAUUGUUUUUGCUUUUUCUACUAUUUUCAGACUUUCCGUAUAAUCGCAAAAACCAACUCGCGGCUUGGACCACUUUUAGGAAUAUAUUACCAAUAUGUGGUUUGAAAUUUUGCCGUCAUUUGCUAUUGUAACUGUCGUGCUAGCAGUUCCAGGUUUUGGGUUAUAUGGUAUUCACAAGCUUGCUUUGGGAAAUGCGUAUCGGCGUAAUACUGACCAAAGAUGGGAACGUGUUAUGUACACCAGAGAUACGAGACUGACUGGAAAUCCUUACAAAGGCAACGGAUUGGAAACGAUUCCGGAUAAAUGAAUGGAAAUUGUUAUGAUUUAAUUUAGCGGAAUAAACCGAAAGGUGGUUAUAUGAUUAUCAA